AGUGUCUGGAGGAGUUGGGUUGUUUGAUAGAAGGCUACGGGAUGAACGUUUGCCAACCGACUCCGGCUAAAUCCCUGAAGGAAAUCGCCGUCCACAUCGGCGACAGAGACACGUCUGUCCGCAACGCUGCCCUCAACACCGUGGUGGCCGUUUAUAACGUGUGUGGAGAUCAGGUCUACAAACUCAUAGGAAACCUGUCUGAGAAGGACAUGAGCAUGCUGGAGGAGAGGAUCAAGCGUUCGGCCAAGAAGACUCCGGCCGCCCCGGCCAAGCAGAGCGCCGCCGAGAGGCCUCAGAGGGAACAUCCGACGAACCCCAACGCCACCUUCCUCCGCAAGCCUGCACAGGAAGAUCCCAACAAGCUCAACCAAGCCCGGCAGAACGCUCAGCACAGCGAGUCCUCCCACCCGUCCAUCCCCAAGGAGUUCCAGUUGGACCUGGACAUGAUCGAGAUGGACCAGAGCCGAGUGUGCGAGCUGCCCGACCUCGUUCAGCACAAACUGGAUGAGCUGCUGGAGCCCAUCAUGAUCCCCGAGCCCAAGAUGCGCGCCGUCUCUCCGCACUUCGACGACCUCCACAACAGCACGGCGUCCACCAUCAACUUCGUCAUCUCUCAGGUGGCGAGUGGCGACAUCAACACCAGCAUACAGGCGCUGGCACAGAUUGACGAGGUGCUUCGGCAGGAGGACAAAGCUGAAGUCAUGUCGGGACACAUCGACCAGUUCCUCAUCGCCACCAUCAUGCAGCUGAGACUCACCUACAGCACUCACAUGGCCGACGACCGGCUGGACAAGAAGGACAUCAUCAAACUGUACAGCUGCAUCAUAGGAAACAUGCUGUCUCUCUUCUCUAUGGAGUCUCUGGCCAGAGAGGCUUCGAUGGGCGUCCUGAAGGACCUGAUGCACGGCCUGAUAACGCUGAUGCUGGACGGCAGAAUGGAGGACAUAGAAGACGGGACGCAGGUCAUCAGGUCCGUCAACCUGCUGGUGAUCAGAGUCCUGGAAAACUCGGACCAGACCAACAUGAUCAGCGCUCUGCUGGUGUUACUUCAGGACACUCUGGUCUCCACGGCCGGCUCUCCGAUGGUCUCCGAGCUGGUCAUGAAGUGUCUGUGGAGGAUGAUCCGCUUCCUCCCAGAAACCAUCAACAACAUCAACCUGGACCGGAUCCUGCUGGACGUCCACAACUUCAUGAAGGUUUUCCCCAAAGAGAAGCUCAAGCAGCUGAAGAGCGACGUCCCCCACAGGACCCUGAAGACCCUGCUACAUACACUGUGCAAACUGACCGGGGCCAAGAUACUGGAUCACCUGUCGAUGAUCGAGAAUCGCAACGAGUCUGAGCUGGAGGCCCAUCUGAGGCGGGUGGUCAAACACUCGGGAAACCUGUCGGGACUCAAGAGCGACCGAGGAAACGAGAAGGGCGGACUGCGCAUGGAUGAUCGAAUGUCGAAGGCAAAGGUCAGCGACAUCCUGUCUGAGAUCUUCAAGAAGAUCGGCUCCAAGGAGAACACUAAAGAGGGUCUGACGGAGCUGUACGAGUACAAACAGAAAUACUCGGACGCCGACUUGGAGCCGUUCCUCAAAAACACGUCGCAGUUCUUCCAGAGCUACGUGGAGCGAGGCCUUCGCAUGAUCGAGUCCGAGAGGGAGGGAAAGGCUCGCAUCCAGACCUCAGCAGUGAUUCCUCAACACGGCGUCGACUCCAGUCAGAGCGGCAACAACGAGGAGCUGAAACCAGCCGUCUACUACGAGAGACUGAAGAUCCUGAGACAGAGACAAGGACUAGAAAACACCUCCAGGCAGCAGGGAGUUGGGGGAAGCGACGACGAGCCUCAGCAGCGGCCGGCCAUCUCCUCCCUGCUGUCGUCGAAGCCUUCGGUGGCGUCGUCCACCGACAUGCUGCACAGCAAGCUGUCGCAGCUCAAAGAGUCCCGCGAGCUCUACCAGCAGGAGCACAACGCCCACUCCCACUCGCCCACCCACGCACACACCCGCUCGGCCUCACCGGCGGCCAACCUGGACGACCUGAAGAAGCGUCUGGAGAGAAUAAAGAGCAACCGGCAGUGAAGCAGCAGCAGCAGCAUCAUGUCAGCUGUCAUCUCUCACCUGUGGAGUCCAGCUGCUAGUAGGAAACACAGCAUCCACCUUUUUAACUCACUUUAUAUCCAUGUUCUGAAAGAAACGGACCCUCAGAUCUGACUCCACCCACUGUGCCUGUUCGUUAGUAGAAAUCAAACGCGCCCAGAAACCAUCCGAGUGUUUUUAGCUGCGAUUAAACUUCUGUCCCGUCCCGCCUUCUCUGUACACUGUAUUAUAUUAAAAAAAAGAAAAAAAACGGUGAAACCCGCCGCCUCCUCCUCCCUCGUCUGUACAUAUGAAGCUCCUCGCAGGAAGGAAACACAAACGUCAGGAAGUGUCGUUUCUCUUCCAGUUUUACCGCGACGCUGCCAGGCGAAGUGAGAAGUCAGACGUGUAGCUGUGUGAGUGCCCCCCUGUGGUCGUACGCUGUCAUAGUCGCUUGUAACUCUGUGAUUUCAGCUCACCGGCGCCAUCUAGUGGUGAAACUCCCUCAACAGAAGGCCUCAGCAGGUAGUCGGCCUUUUAGUAACAUUAAUAACACUUCAAAUUUUGGUGUGAAUCCACACGUUGGGACUCUGAACUGUCGGAGUGACGCUGCAGAGGCUGAACUUUAAGCAAAAACAUGACUUUAAUCAACUUAUCUGGUUUAUAUACGUAGGAAUUAUUGUUCUAUACAGCUGGAAAGUAGAAAAAUAACUGAAUAGAAAACUGCUGGCCUUAUUGUCCCCACAGGUUUGAUGGCAAAUCAUUUUAUUUGGUGUUUUUUUUUUAAAGAAAAAAUCUUAUUAAAUUGAACUUUCUGACGAUUUAUUUCAAAGCAGCAGCGCGAAUUAAACUGCAGCACUUAGUUUGAUCAAAUGCAUUUACUCAAAUCCUGUCAGAUUCUGUGUCUGGGUUCUCCUCUGGUGUCUCGUGGCCUUCUAGUAAGUGUCCGUGGUUUUCAGUUGAUCUUUUUCGUGGCAGGAAAAGCUCGAGAGUUUGGAAAACGCAUGCAGAUGAACAGAAAACUGGUUCGAAAACCGUUUUCUGUUGAUCUGCAGAUUAUUUUCUCAGUUAGUCGUUGGGUUUAUGCUGGUUAACACGUCAGAAAACUGUGAAAAUUCUCCUGGAAAGCAAGAAAACGGCUCCAAAUAUUCACAUCAGACAAGAAAAAGCAGCACCUAUUCCCAUUUAAAACACUGGAAACAUCAAAUUUGGGGGUUUUUGUUGCUUGAAAUUGAACAAAUCUGCCACUUAACUGAACUCUACGUCUGCUUUUCCUGCCACUAAAGUUGAUCCUCGUUCGAUUUUAAGAGUUUUUUUGUUUGUGUUUUAUCCUCGCAGCCAAACUGAAAUGUGUCGUUUGUGUUGGUUUGGGCGGCGCACAGUUGAGAAGCUUUUAUUUUGGAGGAGAGGAAGCGUCCAGCGGGGCGGCGUGGGUCGACGUCGGGCUGUAAAUACUGUACGUAACCAUUAACACGUCCCUCCACUUAUUUAACAGCAGCCUCGGACUGCAGAGCCAACAUGGCCGCCGCCGCGAAGCCGAGCGGCUCGCCGUCGCGUUCGUAGGCGCGAAGAGCAUGGCAUGACGACGUUUUUAUUUUCUCGUGUAAAUAAAGUUUGCGUUAAUAAAUCUGCUGUUUUAAUUCCAAGUCUUUGGUUUUCUCAUGACGAUGAUGAUGAUGGUGAUGGUGAUGAUGAUGAAGACGGCGGCCCUGUCACUCAUCUGUUCUGUAGCCGAAUGUCGAGUAAAUAAAUAAAUAACAUUGUUUUUGUAUUUAA